UUUAACCUCAUACAGUCAGUUGACAAAAUGAUUCUGUUCGUGCAACGCGUUGUUUGUGUUUUCGUCACAAUAGUUUUGUUGAGUGCUCAAUGUUCUUCGAUACGUAUUAACUAUGUGGAAGCAGUAGACGCAGAACCCGCAAAAGAAAUAAUCAAGAAAAACAAUGAAGAUUUACACCCUGAUGAACCAGAAAAUCCACCACCUAAUCUGCCGUUUAAAAUUAAAGUACCACUAACCAAUGAAGCGCGAGAGAAUCUUCUGCUGCGUGUCUACAGUGAGGACAAACUUCAGAAACUGUUGCUGAAGACUUCACCUUCGAAGACUCGUGUGCCCAGGCAAGCGUCGCACCAGCUGUACCCGAACCUGACUCCGAGCCCGUAUCAAACGCACUCCGUCCAGUAUUACAACAACUCGUCGCCCAACAGCAACUCUCAGUAUGGUCAGACAAACCCGUAUAACCAGCAGUGGCAAAACCCUAGCACACCAAGCAAUCCCACGUAUCCUGGGCGUCCUAACCCAUCUUACAACCCAAAUACCUAUGGUCCAUCAGGCUUCCCGAAUCCAUACGUGCAAUACAACAAUUCUCAAAGCCCAAAUGGUCCCCACCCUCAAAAUUAUCCAUCAAUAAACCCGGGAAAUUACACUUCAAGUCGUCCAAACUACAACCCUAGUCAGAGACCCCCGUACUAUCCUCCAAAUACCAAGCACCCUCAAUUGAAUCCAAGUUACAAUCCAUAUUACAACUCUUCUUCGUAUCACCCUAGUCAAAGACCGCCAUAUUACCCAGGACAAAACACUUCUCAACAUCAAUAUAACGUUAACAAUAACACUAGACCGUAUGCACCUUACAAUCCACCUUAUAAUACGCCGCAUAACCCACCCUAUAACACACCCCAAAACCCACCCUACAACACACCCCAAAAUCCACCCUACAACACACCCCAAAACCCACCUUACAACUCACCACAUAAUCCAUCUUAUAACCCAAGCCAAAGACCACCUUAUUACCAACAUAAUUCUUCAUCACCUUACGACCCUAACAACCACAAUUUCUCGAGCAACUCCUAUUACAAUACCACUCCACGUCCAACAUUUGGCCAAUACCCAAACACGAAUACCAACUACCAACAAAAUUUCACAUCACCUUAUAAUUCAAACAAUAACUUUUCUAGCACCUUUUACAAUACCACUUCAAGACCCUUUGGUCAAUUCCCCAACACAGACUCAAAGUAUCCCUACAAUCCUUACCCCAGCGGUUACAAUCCAGCUGGAUUCCCUGACAACAACUACAGACCUAGUGUCCCAAGCAAUAAAGAGCUUUUUGGAACCGAUGACCUUUUUAAACCCAUUCUCCCCAGAAACCCUCAGUUCCCUACAGGCUACGACCCUAAAACCCAAGCAGAACAUUUUGCGAAAUUUGGGUAUAAAUAGAAUCUUCUCGAAACAUGUUAUAGCUUUACGUUUAUUCUGUUCUGAUUCUUGUAUAUGAGUCAUUUGUGUGUUACUAGAACCAAAACAAUUGUAUCUGUUU